AUGGGAGCCCCAGCGCCCGCGCUCGGCUUGCUGCUGGCUUGCGUCUGGCUGCCCCGGGGUGAGCCCGCAGGAGAGUCCCUGCCGGUGCAGCGUCUCUGAGAGAGGAGUGUGGACUCAGGGAGAUCGGGACUGGGGUCACGUUUAGGGGAACGGGCCUGGGCAGUUGGAAAGACGGAGAAAAGAGAGAAGACUUGUUUCUCAUCUAGCCACAGCCGCCAGGAGGCGACCGUUGCCACAGGGGCUGAUACAGCAGUGAUGGGAGGCCAGGAGGCUGAAGCCCUGGACUCCCUGGCCAUAUCUUCCUGGGAAAGGCGGCUUCAUCGGGCUAAGUGUGCACCGUCGUACUUGUUCUCCUGCUUCAAUGGGGGUGAGUGUGUGCACCCGGCCUUCUGUGACUGCAGACGCUUCAAUGCCACUGGACCACGCUGCCAGAUGGUGUACAAUGCUGGCCCUGAGCGGGACAGCAUCUGCCGGGCGUGGGGACAGCACCACGUGGAGACAUUUGACGGCCUCUACUACUACCUCUCCGGAAAGAGCAGCUACACAUUGGUGGGGCGCCACGAACCCGAGGGGCAGAGCUUCUCCAUCCAGGUGCACAACGACCCGCACUGCGGCUCCUCCCCCUACACCUGCUCCAGGUCUGUCAGCCUCUUCUUUGCGGGUGAGCAGGAGAUCCAUCUGGCCAAGGAGGUCACCCAUGGAGGCGAGAGGGUCCAACUGCCACAUGUGAUGGGGAGCGUGCGUCUACAGCGGCUUGCUGGCUACGUCAUCGUGCGGCACCAGUCAGCCUUCACACUGGCCUGGGAUGGCGCCUCGGCUGUCUACAUCAAGAUGAGCCCAGAGUUCCUGGGCUGGACCCAGGGGCUGUGUGGGAACAACAAUGCUGACCCCCAGGAUGACCUGGUGACCAGCUAUGGGAAGCUAACAGACGAUGUGGCCGAGUUUGUGCACAGCUGGCAGGAGCAGGCCCCCAACCAGCCUCCAGGGCCCACAACCUCCUCCCCGCCUCGCCCACCGUGCCUACAGCAGAGCCUGGGAGCCAUGCAGGGUGUGUACGAGCGGUGUGAGGUGCUGCUGCGGCCCCCCUUUGAUGCCUGCCACGCCUACGUCAGCCCUCUGCCCUUCAUGGCCAGCUGUUCCAGCGAUCUCUGCCAAUCAGUGGGAGAUGAAGUCACCUGGUGCCGGGCACUGGCGGAGUAUGCCCGGGCGUGUGCCCAGGCGGGGCAGCCCCUCCAGGGCUGGAGGACGCAGUUCCAGCAAUGCACCGUGCACUGCAAGGAGAAGGCCUUUACCUACAAUGAGUGCAUCGCAUGCUGCCCCGCCUCCUGCCAACCCCGGGUGUCCUGCGUGGACAGUGAGAUCGCCUGUGUGGACGGCUGCUACUGCCCCAAUGGGCUGAUCUUCGAGGAUGGAGUCUGCGUGGCACCAGCUGAGUGUCCCUGUGAGUUCCACGGGACCCUGUACCCGCCUGGCUCUGAGGUGAAGGAAGACUGCAAUGCCUGCACAUGCACUGCGGGCAAGUGGGUGUGUAGCACAGCUGUGUGCCCAGCUGAGUGCUCAGUCACUGGCGACAUCCACUUCACAACCUUCGACGGCCGCCGGUACACGUUCCCUGCCACAUGUCAGUACAUCCUGGCCAAGAGCCGUUCCUCGGGCACCUUCACAGUGACAUUGCAGAAUGCCCCGUGUGGCCUGAACCAGGAUGGAGCCUGUGUCCAGUCGGUGUCAGUGAUUCUGCACCAGGACCCUCGGAAGCAGGUGACGCUGACCCAGGCAGGGGAUGUUCUUCUGUUUGACCAGUACAAGAUCACCCCACCCUACACAGACGACACCUUUGAGAUCCGGAGGGUGUCCUCCGUGUUCCUGAGAGUGAGGACCAACGUGGGAGUGCGGGUGCUCUACGACCGCGAAGGGCUGCGGCUCUACCUGCAGGUGGACCAGCGAUGGGCAGAGGAUACCGUCGGCCUCUGCGGCACCUUCAACGGCAACACGCAGGAUGACUUCCUGUCCCCAGUGGGUGUACCUGAGAGUACCCCACAACUCUUUGGCAAUUCUUGGAAAACACUAUCUGCCUGCUCCCCACUGGUCUCUGGCUCCCCAUUGGACCCCUGCGAUGUGCACCUGCAAGCUGCUGCCUACGCAGUGCAGUCCUGCAGCGUGCUCACAGGGGAGCUGUUCGCGCCCUGCUCUGCAUACCUGAGCCCCCUGCCCUACUUUGAGCAGUGCCGGCAGGACACCUGCCGCUGCGGGCAGCCCUGCCUGUGUGCCACGCUGGCCCACUAUGCCCACCUGUGCCAGCGCCACGGGCUCCCUGUUGACUUCCGUGCCCACCUGCCAGCCUGUGCACUGUCCUGUGAGGCCACCAAGGAGUAUAGCCCUUGUGUGGCCCCAUGUGGACAAACCUGCCAGGACCUGGCCCAUCCUGAGGCCUGUGUGGUUGAUGGUAGCAGUGACCUCAGCAGGGACGAGUGUGUGGAGGGCUGUGCCUGCCCACCAGACACCUAUCUGGACACCCAGGCUGACCUCUGUGUCCCCAGGAACCAGUGCUCCUGCCACUUCCAAGGAGUGGACUAUCCCCCUGGAGACAGCGACAUCCCAUCCCUGGGCCACUGCCACUGCAAAGAUGGAGUCAUGAGCUGUGACAGCAGAGCCCCAGCUGCUGCCUGCCCUGUGGGCCAGGUCCCCGUGAACUGCAGCCACCUGCAUGCUGACCCUGAGCUGAGCAGAGAGAGAACAUGCGAGCAGCAGCUGCUGAACCUGAGUGUGCCAGCCCAUGGCCCCUGCCUCUCGGGCUGUGCCUGUCCCCAGGGCCUGCUCAGACAUGGGGAUGCAUGUUUCCUGCCAGAGGAGUGCCCAUGCACUUGGAAGGGGAAGGAGUAUUUCCCUGGAGACCAGGUGAUGUCUCCCUGCCAUUCCUGCAUGUGCCAGCAGGGCUCGUUCCAGUGCACCCUCCACCCAUGCGCCUCCACCUGCACUGCCUAUGGUGACCGACAUUACCACACCUUUGAUGGGCUCCUGUUUGACUUUGUGGGGGCAUGCAAAGUGCACCUGGUCAAGAGCACAUCAGAUUUGAGCUUCUCUGUGAUUGUAGAAAAUGUAAACUGCUACAGCUCUGGCAUCAUCUGCAGGAAAUUUAUUUCCAUCAACGUUGGGAACUCACUCAUCAUCUUUGAUGACGACUCAGGAAAUCCUAGUCCCAAGAGCUUCCUGGAUGAGAAGCAGGAGGUACACACAUGGCGAGCAGGGUUUUUCACGCUGGUGCAUUUCCCACGGGAGCACAUCACCCUCUUGUGGGACCAGAGAAUGACAGUGCACGUCCAGGCUGGGCCUCAGUGGCAGGGACAGCUAGCAGGUCUCUGCGGGAACUUUGACUUAAAAACCAUAAAUGAGAUGAGGACCCCAGAGAACCUAGAGUUAACCAACCCCCAGGAGUUCGGCAGCAGUUGGGCUGCAGUCGAGUGCCCAGAUACCCUCGACCCUCGGGACACAUGUGUCCUGAAUCCUCUCCGAGAGCCAUUUGCCAAGAAAGAGUGCAGCAUCCUGCUCAGUGAGGUGUUUGAGACCUGCCAUCCUGUGGUCGAUGUCACUUGGUUUUACUCAAACUGCCUGAUGGACACAUGUGGGUGCAGCCGGGGUGGUGACUGUGAGUGCUUCUGUGCCAGCGUGUCCGCCUAUGCCCACCAGUGCUGCCAGCAUGGGGUGGCCAUUGACUGGCGGACCCCGCGCCUCUGCCCGUAUGACUGUGACUUCUUUAACAAAGCACUGGGUAAGGGUCCCUACCAGCUGUCCAGCUUGGCAGCCGGUGGUGCCCUCGUGGCCGUGAAGGUGGUGGGUGAUGACAUAGUCCUAGUGAGGACAGAUGAUGUGGCGCCAGGGGACAUCGUGAGCUUCCUGCUGACAGCUGCUCUGUACAAGGCCAAGGCCCACGACUUAGAUGUGGUGUCCCUGGAGGCAGCAGACAGACCCAACUUCUUCCUCCACAUCACGGCCAACGGAUCUGUGGAGCUGGCCAAGUGGCAGGACAGCAAUGCCUUCCGCCAUCAUGCCUCCUUUUCAUUGCACCAGAGGACAUGGCGGGCGGGCCUGGUGGCCCUGGAGUCCCUGGCAAAGCCGGGCUCCUUCCUUUAUGCGCUGGGCCCUGUGCUGGCCCUGCGGCAGUACGAGCACACGGAGGCGUUCCGACGGGGCACGCUCUUCCGCCUUCUGGAUGCCAAGCCCUUGGGGGCUGCCUACCCCAUCUGUGAGUGGCGCUAUGAUGCCUGUGCCAGUCCCUGCUUCCAAACCUGCCAGGACCCACGGGCGGCCAGUUGCCGGGACGUGCCCAGGGUAGAAGGCUGUGUCCCUGUGUGCCCCUCCCCCAAGGUCCUGGAUGAAGUCACACAGAGAUGUGUCUACUUGGAGGACUGUGUGGAGUCAGUGGUUUUGGUUCCCCCAGAGGCCCUUGGCAAUGAGACCCUGCCUCCCAGUCAAGUGCUGCCCACCUACAGUGACAAGGAGCCGCAGCUUUUGCAGGAGACUCCCAAGGCCCCCACCCACAGACCAGCCCUUGCCCCAUCUGCCCCACUCACCACAGCCCUGAACCCAACGAUGGCAGCCACUGAGGGCCCAGUGCUGCCUCCAGGCCCACCCCAGGUCACCCUGCAGCAGCCGUUGAGACUCACUGCAUCCAACCUCCCUGCCCACCCCACAGAGGCCCCAGCCGGCAAGGGAGUGACUGCCAGCUUCCUGGCCACCCCCAACACCCUGGAGUCCUCAUUCCUACCCCUUUCGCUGCAGACACCCGUACCUGGUACUGUGCCAGGUGCCGUGGAGACAACCAGGGUGACUGUGACCUUUGCAGGGAGCCCCAACAUCACAGUCUCCUCCCGGUCACCCCCCGCAGCUCGCAUACCACUCAUGACCAAAGCUGUGACAGUCCCAGGCCACGGCUCCUUGCCUGUCAGGACGACAUCCCUACAGCAUCCCUUGUCAGCAAGUCCCUCCUCCAGGCCUGUGGCUUCCCCUGGAGUGACUUCCAGGUCCCCCACCUCCUCGGGAUCCCACAAGGCUUUGCUGACACCUGCAGUAACUAAGGUUACAAACAAAACAGGGAUCCCCGAGCUCACCCAGGCCCAGAGUGUUUCAAGUCCCAGCAGCCCCGCAACUGUGGCUAGAACAGCAGCAGAACAGAUUCCCCUCAGUUCCCUUGCAACCCAGAGAGUGGAGAUGGUACCACCCACAGAGAGGGAUGAGCCUGGGCAUGGCCAGCCCAUGGGCCUGCCUGCAGCCACACUUCCAAGCCCACUCCCCACGGCCCUGUCCCGUCCAGCCCGGCACACCACCACAGCCACCAGGCCUCCAGCCCUGCCCCCAGGGACCCUGGCUGCUGCCAGCCUGUCCACAAUUGCUCACGGGCUGGGGGCCACACCCUUCGUGCCUCUGGAGUCAACUUGGCCAUCCCAGCUCCUCUCUGGCCUGCCUCCUGACACCAGCCUGCCCCUGGCCAAGGUGGGCACAUCUGCCCCAGUGGCCACACCCGGACCCAAAGGCUCUGUCAUCAGUCCUGCACUCCAACAACACACCACGUCUCUGGCCGUGGCCAUGACUGCACCUGCUCAGACAUUCAGCCCAGCACUGCCUCUCAGCCCAGCCAUGGCGGCCCAGGAGCACCCACCCAGUCACACAGCCCCCCAGGCAACAGGCACAGCUCCAGGCCUGCCUCUUGAAGCCACGUCACCAACCUCUGAAGUCGUGGCGGUGGCUGAGGGGGUGGCCUCCAUGGUGUCUGUUGCCCCACGAAAGAGCACCACACAGAAAAUGGCCGUCCUAUCCAAGCAGGUGUCUCCACCCACCUCCAUCUACGACUCUGCCCAGGGCAGGCCUACAGAGCUCACGCCAGCUGUGACUCACAGCCCAGCACCGCCGGUAACUGAGGCUGAGGGUCCCUGGGCCAGCACAGGGCCACUAGUGCCCACAUCCUAUCCCCUGAGCCGUGUCUCAGCCAGGACAGCCUCCCGAGAGAGCUCUCUGGUCCUGCUGCCUCAUCUGGCUGAUGCCCAGGGAACGUCGGCAGGGCCUUGGCCCCCAGUAGAGCCAGCGGGCAAGGCCACCACUGUGCAGUCUGGGCGCUCAGCCCCGACCCCGAGCGUCACAGAGGGUUCUGCUGAGGCCUUGGCAACCACCACAGAAGCCAAUGCAUCUCACACCUGUGUCCCAAUCGCCGAACAGGACUGUGUCCGCCACAUCUGCCUGGAGGGCCAGCUGAUCCGUGUGAACCAGUCCCAGCACUGUCCCCAGGGCGCUGCACCUCCUCCCUGUGGGGUCCUGGGCCUUGCUGUGCGAGUGGGAGGGGACCGCUGCUGCCCCCUCUGGGAGUGUGCCUGCCGAUGCUCAGUCUUCCCUGACCUGAGCUUCGUGACCUUCGAUGGGAGCCAUGUAGCCCUGUUCAAGGAGGCCAUCUACAUCCUCAGCCAGAGCCCAGAUGAAAUGGUCACUGUCCAUGUCCUCGACUGCAAAAGUGCCAACCUGGGGCACCUGAACUGGCCCCCGUUCUGUUUGGUGAUGCUGAAUGUGACACACCUGGCCCAUCAGGUCAUCAUUGACCGCUUCAACCGGAAGGUGACUGUGGACUCACAGCCUGUGUGGCCACCUGUGAGCAGGUAUGGGUUCAGAGUUGAGGACACAGGCCACAUGUACGUGAUCCGGACACCCUCACCUAUACAGAUCCAGUGGCUCCAUAGCUCGGGACUCAUGAUCCUGGAAGCCAGCAAAGCCAGCAAGGCCCAGGGCCAUGGCCUGUGUGGUAUCUGUGAUGGAGACGUAGCCAAUGACCUCACCCUGAAGGAUGGCUCUGUGGUGGGCGAGGCCAAGGACCCUGCUCCCUUUCUGGACAGCUGGCAGGUGCCCAGCUCCCUGACCUCUGUGGGCCAGACACGCUUCCGCCCAGAUAGCUGCACUACGGCUGACUGCUCGCCCUGCCUUCGCAUGGUGUCCAACCGUACCUUCAGUGCCUGCCACCACUUCGUCCCCCCUGAAUCGUUCUGUGAGCUGUGGAUCCGGGACACCAAGUACGUGCAGCAGCCCUGUGUGGCACUGACCGUGUACGUGGCUAUGUGCCACAAGUUCCACGUGUGCAUCGAAUGGCGGCGCUCCGACUACUGCCCCUUCCUGUGCUCCAGUGACUCCACAUACCAGGCAUGUGUGGCAGCCUGUGAGCCCCCCAAGACAUGCCAGGAUGGGAUGCUGGGCCCUCUGGACCCAGAACAGUGCCAGGUGCUUGGCGAGGGCUGUGUCUGCUCCGAGGGCACCAUCCUGCACCGGCGCCACUCCACACUCUGCAUCCCUAAGGACAAGUGUGCCUGCACAGACAGCACAGGGGUGCCGCGGGCCCUGGGGGAGACCUGGAACAGCUCCCUCAGCGGCUGCUGCCAGCACCAGUGCCAAGCCCCAGACACCAUCGUCCCGGUGGACCUGGACUGCCCAGGCCCCCGUCCUGAGAGCUGCCCGCGCUUUGGGGAGGUGGCCCUGCUGCUGCCCACUGAGGACCCCUGCUGCCUGGGGACUGUUUGCGUGUGUAACCAGACUCUGUGUGAGGGCCUCGCCCCUACCUGCCGCCCAGGCCACCGGCUCCUCACCCACUUCCAGGAGGACUCCUGCUGCCCCAGCUACAGCUGUGAGUGUGACCCAGAUCUGUGUGAAGCAGAGCAGCUCCCCAGCUGCCGCCAGGACCAGACCCUGAUCACGGGCCGCCUGGGGGACUCGUGCUGCACCUCCUACUUCUGCACCUGUGGCGAUUGUCCAGAUACCAUCCCUGAGUGUCAGGAAGGGGAAGUGCUCACUGUGCACAGGAACACUACAGAGCUCUGCUGCCCUCUGUACCAGUGUGUGUGCGAGAGCUUCCGCUGUCCCCAAGUGCAGUGUGGCCUGGGCACUGCCCUGGUGCAGGUAUGGAGCCCAGACCGCUGCUGUCCCUACAAGUCCUGUGAGUGUGACUGUGACACAAUUCCGGUGCCCCGCUGCCAUCUGUGGGAGAAGUCGCAGCUGGACGAGGAGUUCAUGCACAGCGUGGAGAAUGUGUGUGGCUGCGCCAAGUACGAGUGCGUGAAGGCCCCCGUGUGUCUGAGCCGUGAGCUGGGGGUGAUGCAGCCGGGCCAGACGGUGGUGGAGCUCUCGGCGGACGGUGUGUGCCACACCUCCCGCUGCACCGACGUGCUCGACCCCCUCACCAGCUUCUACCAGAUCAACACCACCUCCGUGCUGUGCGACGUCCACUGCGAGGCGAACCAGGAGUAUGAGCACCCACGGGACCUGGCGGCCUGCUGUGGCUCCUGCAGGAAUGUGUCCUGCCUCUUCAGCUUCCCCAAUGGCACUACCUCCCUGUUCUUGCCCGGUGCAUCCUGGAUCACAGACUGUGCCCGCCACCACUGCAGCAGCACUCCCCUGGGCACCGUGCUUGUCCGCUCACCCAUAAGCUGCCCACCGCUCAACGAGACCGAGUGUGCCAAGGUUGGGGGCUCGGUGGUGCCUUCCUUGGAAGGGUGCUGCAGGACAUGUAAGGAGGAUGGACGCUCCUGCAAGAAGGUGACCAUCCGCAUGACCAUCCGCAAGAAUGACUGCAGGAGCAACACCCCUGUGAACCUAGUGUCCUGUGAUGGGAGGUGCCCGUCUGCCAGUAUCUACAACUACAACAUCAACACCUAUGCCCGCUUCUGCAAGUGCUGCCGUGAGGUGGGCUUGCAACGACGCUCUGUGCAGCUCUUCUGUGCCACCAAUGCCACCUGGGUGCCCUACACAGUGCAGGAGCCCACCGACUGUGCCUGCCAGUGGUCCUGA